GUUCAAGUUGAAGUUCAGUCAGUGGACUAAUAUCAACAGUGUCAACUGUCAGUAUUAUAUUAUGGAAAUGGCUAAUUGCGCUUGAAUGGAAUCAAAAGGCAAAAACAUAGAGCCUCUGUAUUCUGUUGGUAGUUGGUACUGUCGUACUGUUGGUAGUAGUGAUGGAAUAACCCCAGUUCACCAGUUGUCAAGAAGGUUAUUUUUAUUUCAUCACAAAAUUGCAGUUUUUCAUCAAAAUAAAACUUUCAUUUCCUUCAUACAUGUGAACCAGUAUGUUCUCACUGCAAAAUCAAAACCAAGCAUUUGCUACACUCACCUUAUUUUCAUCGAAAAUUAAUACAAGACAAAAUGUGUACUUCAGGAGAAAAUCUAUUGAGAAUGGAAAAAAAGUAAAGCAAUUUCUCUGUUUAGAUAGUUUCUUGGAAACUGUAAAAAACACUGAUUUUUCCUUUGCAAAGCACUUGAAUAUUGAUUCCAUAUUCGAAAAUCACAUUCUGAACAAAUUCAAAGUUUCUUAUGUUUCAAAUAAUAGUUUUUUCGAAAAUAAACACGGAUUUUCUCAAAAUGAUUUACAAAAGUCUCUUCCCACUUUAGUGGUAAGGAACAAAAAAAUCGAUGUUCCACUAGGAUUUUAUCAAAAGCUAGUAUCGGGAUUAUUAAGUGAAAAUCGAUGCUCGUUUCACAUCCAGUUUAGAGGGUUCAAGACUGAUCGAACAAUAAAAGCUGAAUUACAGCGAAAUCCAUCUUUAACAACCAGACUGAAACAGGUAUUUGGUAGCUCAGCAUCUGAUGGCAUCGAGUCAAAAACACCAAAACUAGCCUCAAUAAAUUCUGAAAAGUUGAAACUCAUGCUAACAACUGACGAGUCAUUGUCUGAAAGUGACAAGCAACGAAUGAAAAUUGCUUUUGCUGAAGGUUAUUUGUUAGGAAAUAAUUCAAAUGUGAAAACAGGAAAAUCGGCAAGAUACUUCAAAAUGAUCACUCAAGUGUUCACUGUUAUCAUUUUCUUGGCGAUUAUAGUCAGUCUUUUGGCCAGUGCAAGUGGUUCAGUAUUCAGGAUUUCCAGAAUUCAGCUGGGCAACCAAGUCGAAGUUGAUCCUGAAGAAAUUCAUGUCACAUUUGAUGAUGUUAAAGGUGUAGAUGAAGCAAAGCAGGAACUGAAAGAUGUAGUCGAAUUUUUGAAAAAUCCUGAAAAAUUCUCAAACUUAGGUGGAAAAUUGCCAAAGGGCGUUUUGCUUGUUGGUCCUCCAGGAACUGGUAAAACUCUAUUGGCUAGAGCUGUUGCAGGAGAAGCAGGUGUACCAUUUUUCCAUGCAGCAGGACCAGAAUUUGACGAGGUUUUGGUAGGCCAAGGAGCGAGAAGAGUUAGAGAUUUAUUCAAGGCUGCGAAGAAACGUGCACCAUGUGUAAUCUUCAUUGACGAAAUUGACUCGGUUGGAUCAAAAAGAACUAAUAGUGUUUUGCACCCAUAUGCAAAUCAAACUAUAAAUCAGCUGCUUAGUGAAAUGGAUGGUUUCCAUCAGAAUGAAGGUGUUAUAGUUUUGGGAGCUACCAAUAGACGCGAUGACUUGGAUCAAGCAUUGUUGAGACCUGGAAGGUUCGAUGUAGAGGUUACUGUACCCACACCUGACUACAUGGGAAGAAAAGAAAUUUUGGGAUUAUACAUGAGUAAAAUAUUAGCCAAAGAUGUUGAUUUAGAAUUACUAGCUAGAGGAACAACUGGUUUCACAGGUGCCGAUUUAGAAAAUUUAGUAAAUCAAGCAGCAUUGAGGGCUGCAAUAGAUGGUGCUGACUGCGUCAGUAUGAAAUAUUUAGAAUCUGCCAGAGAUAAAGUUCUAAUGGGUCCCGAGAGGAAAUCCCGUAUUCCUGAUGAAGAAGCCAACCUAAUAACUGCUUACCAUGAAGGUGGUCACGCCAUAGUAGCCUAUUACACUAAAGAUAGCCAUCCUUUGCACAAAGUAACAAUCAUUCCAAGGGGGCCCAGUCUUGGUCACACAGCUUACAUUCCUGAGAAGGAGAGAUACCAUGUCACAAAAUCUCAGUUGUUGGCUAUGAUGGAUACUAUGAUGGGAGGAAGAGCUGCGGAAGAGUUAAUUUUUGGUCCCGAGAAAAUAACAUCUGGGGCAAGUUCUGAUUUAAAACAGGCUACAUCUAUUGCAACACAUAUGGUGAAAGAUUGGGGUAUGUCCGAGAAACUUGGUCUUCGCACUCUGACUGAUAGCUCCAAAAGCCUUGUUCCUGAAGCUUUGGGUCCUUCAACUAGUGAAAUUGUUGAUGGUGAGAUUCGAAGAAUUUUGUCAGAAAGCUAUGAUAGAGCCAAGCAGAUUCUUAAAACACAUGCCAAAGAGCACAAGGCUUUAGCGGAGGCAUUAAUGAAAUAUGAAACAUUAGAUGCUGAAGAUAUAAGAGCCAUAAUGGCAGAGAAAUCUACAGAAAAAAAAGUUUAAUGAACUGGAAGUGAAAAGAACAUUUGUUGACUUUUUUAUUCUUUUUUAAUUUUGCGGGAGCAGAGACACCAUAGUAUUCUAGACAAACUGUAAGUUAUGUAAAUAAUCCUGGUUUUAUCAAGAGCGGGCCUUUUGUGACUUAAAUUAUAUUACUUUCAGAUUUUGUGUUCAGAUUACAAUAUACCGUUCAGCUGAAACUGUACUAAUGCGUUAAAUAAAUAUGUUAUUCUAAGA